AUGUUAAAAUCAUUAUUAAGACCAACAACAGCAUCAAUUCGUUUUACUGCUUUAAAACCACAAACAUAUAACCUUAUACGUUCAUUUUCAUAUACAACCCCACAAUUUUAUAAAGCAAGUAAAGAAGAUCAUGCUUAUCCAUAUUUACAUGAAAAAAAACCAAUAGAUACAAAAUAUACAGAAGAACAUGAAUAUGUGAAAUUAUACGAUGAUAGUUCUGCAUUAUUAGGAAUAACUCAAUAUGCAGCACAAGCUUUAGGUGAUGUAACAUUUGUUGAAUUACCAGAAAUUGGUGAUCGUAUUGAAAAAGGUGAUACUAUUGGAUCUAUUGAAUCAGUUAAAUCUGCUUCUGAAAUAUAUAGUCCUGUUUCUGGUGAAAUUGUUGGUAUUAAUUCAAUAUUAGAAAGUGAACCUGGUUUAAUUAAUGAAGAUCCAACUGUUGAAGGAUGGAUUGCUCAUAUUAAAUUGGAUGAUCCAAAAGAAAUUACUGAGAAUGAUUCACUUUUGAAUAGUGAAGAUUAUGCUAAAUCUUUAGAAGAAGAUUAA